GGAAAACAUUCGUGCAGGGGCGGCUGCUCUUAAAGGGACGUGGCGCUCAGCCCCACGACAUCAGUUUCAAACUAGACGAGCAAACGGCUCACAGCAGCCUGGAUCUCUUCAAAAAAGACACGGGCGUCAUUUACCGCAUGCUGGGAAUCGACCCCACCAAAGUCCCCCAGAACCCCGAGCGAUUCCGGGAGUGGGCGGUGGUGCUGGGGGACACUGCCGUGUCUGGCGGCCAGCACUACUGGGAAGUGACGGUCAAGCGCUCGCAGCAGUUCCGCAUUGGCGUGGCUGAUGUGGAUGUCUCCAGGGACGGGUGCAUUGGGCAUGACGAUCGCUCUUGGGUGUUUGUGUACACCCACCGCAGGUGGCACACCAUGCUGGCCAACGAAACCACCCCCAUCAGCAACAUCCGCAACCCCGAGCGCGUGGGGUUGCUGCUGGACUACGAGGGCAGGAAACUCAGUUUGGUGGAUGCGGGCAAGCCGGUGAUAAUCCAUACCCUGGCCACAGAGUUCCAGGGGCCUGUGGUGCCUGCCUUUGCUCUCUGGGAUGGGGAGCUGCUAACUCAUUCUGGGCUGGAAGUGCCUAAAGACCUCUGGAACAGUUAACAGUCAGUGGCCUGGAUGUCUGGACACGUCCUCCCAUUGGGGGGACACCCUUCAACAAUGUUUCAGUGUGAGGCAAAGAAAGGGAUUUGGUCGGUCUCAGCCUGUCCAGCCUGGGGGGGACGCUCCAGGCAGCACUGCUUUCUGGGAAGCAACAGUCCCCUCUCAGCCCCAGCUAGGAACCCACUUCAGGUCUUCUGCUUGGCCAAAGCAGGGUCCUCAGGCCAAGAUUCUGCUUGGUUCGUAUGUGGCUCAAUCCUGUUCUCCCUGGGGAUCAGCAGCCCUGGGCUUGUUUUCCCUUCUCCAUCUCAGCUAGUGCUCUGGAGUGUAGUGGCCUUCUUCCGCGCCCGUGCCAGACACCCUGUUGGUCCCUGCCCUUGUCCUCACCUAGCCCCCCCCAGCUGGCAGAUUUGCACUUGACAUGAGGCAUUGCUGGAGGGAGAGAAGCAUCACUGUCGUCUCCUCCUGGCUCAGGGACAGCAGGACAGUUGAGCGUAGUAGCUGUCCUGCACCUGGGUGGCUGCACCCGAACCCAGCUGGAACUCUACACGCACUUCCCCUCCUGUGUGAACAAACGAGGCCGUCACCCUUUCCGCAAGUGUUUUAUAAUAUGCAGCAUGAGCACCAGCUCCCUCCUCACCCACAGAGUCCCCCCAAGCUCUGGUCCCUUGCUCUGCUAUCUACCGCUACCCAGCAGGGCAGUCCCCUGGGAUCGGCAAGCAAACGAAUCCUGGCACCCUGCUUAGUGCGGCCACACAGCUGCUCCUAGUGCAGGGGAGGAUCCAGGCAGGAGCAACAUGUUUGGGCAGGGAUGUUGGGCCUGUAGCUCUCCUCCCAGCCUGCUUGGUCGGCUUCGCUGGGGAGGGGGAAGACACACCAACUCAGCCCUCACGGCAGACCUUUGCUGGCUACGAGUGUUGGUGGCCGGGGGGGGUCCUCACGCUCCCUUCCCCUCUAAUAAACCAGUGAAUCUUCA